AUGUUGUUUACCAUAGGAGAAAUGAUGACAGGAGCAGGCUCUGCAGUUGCAGGCCUAAUGGUGGCUUAUGCCAUGUUUCAGAAUUAUUUCCCCUAUGACCUCCGAAAACCUCUGAAGCGUUACAGCCACAAGAUCAUGAGUGUGCUCUAUCCUUACAUCGUGAUUACGUUUUCAGAAUAUCAGGGUGAUGGGUUCGAACGUAGCAAAGCAUUUGCUGCAAUCGAAAGGUAUUUGAAUAAGAAUUCCUCGAAGCAGGCGAAGCAUCUACAGGCCAACGUUGUAGAAGACAGCCAGGCUAUAGUUCUUAGCAUGGCAGAUAACGAAGAGGUCACUGAUGAAUUCCAGGGGACCAAGCUUUGGUGGGCUUCCAACCAUUUUGUUCCCGACAGGCAGUCGAUUUCGUUCUAUCCGAGGGAAGAUGCUAGCAGGUAUUUCACACUCACUUUCCACAAGAAAUAUAGGGAUAUAAUCACCAACUCUUAUUUGAAACAUGUUUUGAAUGAGGGAAAGGAGAUUGCUGUUAAAGAAAGGCAGAGGAAAUUGUACACUAACAAUAAGAGUGAUAGUUGGCACGGAUACAAGAGAUCCAAGUGGAGCCAUGUGAUAUUUGAACAUCCAGCAAGUUUUGAUACUUUAGCCAUGGAGCAGAACAAGAAGGAAGAAAUUAUCAAAGAUUUGAUCAGAUUUACUAAGGCGAAAGACUAUUACGCCAAGAUUGGCAAGGCAUGGAAGCGGGGAUAUCUCCUCUACGGUCCACCUGGAACUGGGAAGUCCACCAUGAUCGCUGCCAUGGCUAAUCUUUUGAAAUAUGACGUCUAUGAUCUUGAAUUGACGGCAGUUAAGGACAACACGGAGCUGAGAAAAUUGCUGAUAGACACGUCGAGUAAAUCUAUUGUUGUAAUAGAAGACAUUGAUUGUUCACUCGAUCUUACUGGCCAAAGGAAGAAGAAGAAGGAGAAGACAGAGGAUGAAAAGAAAGAAGAAAAGGAUAAGGAUCCAGUUAAGGCGGAGAUUAAAAAGCGGGAGGAAAACCAGAAUAGUCAGGUUACAUUAUCUGGGCUUCUGAAUUUCAUCGAUGGCCUAUGGUCAGCUUGUGGUGGGGAGAGGAUAAUUGUUUUUACAACGAAUUAUGUGGAAAAACUAGAUCCUGCUUUGAUUAGGAGAGGAAGAAUGGAUAAACAUAUAGAAUUAUCAUACUGUAGCUUUGAGGCAUUCAAAGUUUUAGCAAAGAAUUAUUUGGACCUUGAAUCUCAUAAACUGUUUUCCAGGAUUGAUAACCUCUUAGAGGAAACCAAAAUGACUCCUGCUGAUGUUGCAGAAAACUUAAUGCCUAAAUCAGUUGAAGAGGAUGAAGUAGCUUGUCUGUUGAGAUUGAUCACUGCUCUGGAAGAAGCAAAAGUGAAGGCUGAGGAAGAAGCAAAAGCCAAGGCCGAGGAAGAAGCUAAAGCCAAAGCCGAGGAAGAAGCUAAAGCCAAAGCUGAGGAAGAAGAGAAGCUAAAGGUUGAGAAAGAGAAAGAAGAAAAUGGUAAAGAAGGUGUUAAAGGAGAAGUGAAAGAAAAUGGUGAAGAUGCUAAACAUUCGGCGGCUAAUGGUGUGAAAGAAAAUGAAGAUGUCUCUCAUUGA